AUGUCGCAGCCAAGCGUACCGCCACUCGGGUCGGCCUCUCCCUCCCGCUACGAUUCCGCCAGCUCCACGCUACGGGCUCCCUCCACGGUCACCUUGCUCAAUGCGCGCAGAUCGUAUCUCGACGAAUCCGCCCUUUCACCACAAGAGUACCUCGUCUACCUCUCCAGCUUUAACAGUAUCAAGCCGGCUCCCAGCGGUCAGCCAGAUCUCGUCGACGAGCAGGAUGGUUUGCGCUACCUUCGCGAAGAAUGCGCCAUGUCCAUGGCCGACGAACUUGAGAUACUGCCCCUCUUCGAGCGCACGCCGCUCGGUCUCGGCUCAGGCCACUUCUUCGCCAUGCUCCGCCUGGUGUCCUGGGCUCAGCAGGGCAGGUCCGCGAGCAAGGACCUCAUCUUCACCCAGACCAAACCCGCACGCAUCGCCUUACCGAAGAAAUUCACCACGCCACAAAGCGCAUCUGCGGCCACAUUUGGAAGCGCGCAGCAGGUCACAUCCCCAGGGCCGAGAAGUCUCACUGCAGGCCCAUCAUCGCUCGUGUCCGCACCCACACCUUCCGCCAAGCCGACCCCGUCGAAACCCGACUCCAGCACCAAGCCGCUGCUGACACCCGUGCGCGAGGAAUCAUCGAUGAACCUCAACGAGUCGACAGAUUCUGCGCAGUCAACACACUUCAAGCCUCCGCCCGCAGUGCCCGCCAAGCCGCAGAUGCCCAAACUCGUCGCUCCCAAGCCCAAGGUGGCCAAUCCCAACGUGCCUCUCAAUCUUGAACAGCUGCAGCGAAAGCCCGUGCCCGUUCCGCCAUCUUCCAGCGCCAACCCCUUCCGCGACGGUGCCGCUUCGACAACAGGAUAUGCGAGUGGUUCUGGAUACGCCGUAGCAGUAGGGGCUAUUUCUACCACGCCUGCCAACAUCUCGACGCCCUUGGAUGCGCUUCGCGGCUUCGAUCCGGCACCUAAUCCGUUCAAGCAGAGCAAACCUCGCAUUGUCAAACCUACCCCGGUGCGUGCUUCCUCGCCAGCGUCAAAUCCCUUCCGCAAUGGUACACCUGCCAUGGCCGCGCUCUCGAACUUCCCCAAGGUGGUUUACGAUCACGCCAGUGAUGGCGCAUCCUCGCAAGCCAGCAGUUCGCGCUCCCGACAGCAGCAGCAGCAGCAGCAGCACUCCACAUACCAGCCAGAUCGGCUCGGAGCCGGUUCGCCGCCUCUGCCGCCGCGGCCAGGCGACCGCAAUCCACCUCCGCUGCCGCCCAGACAUAUCAGCCCGCUCAUCCAAGCCGGUCUCAAUGCACGGAGCGAGGUGCGCAGAGCACAGGAGUCUUUGCCUCCCAAGACGUUUACUGUCCUGCAGUCUUCAGCAGCCAAGCAUCAUGGCGGCCAUGCGCCCGUCAAGCCACGUCUGCUGACAACGGGACAGACGGCACCGCGGGAGGCCGCUACUGUCAUUUCGCACGCCAAAAAGCGCUCCGUAUCGGGCACCAAGUCGCUUUUGGGCGGCAGCAGCGCGGUUGGAUUGGAUUCGCGCAAAUUUGGACACGACGGUCUGCCCCUGCAGCGCCGAGAUUCGCAGCAGUCCACCUCGGAUGUUGGACGCAAUGACACUGAGCUUGGCACCAACGCACGCCGCACUUCGAGUCAAUUGCACCGCGGAGUCGGCGGCGGCGACAGCGAAGUCGGCGCAGCCAUCUCGAUGGUAUCGCACGGAGAUUUACACCAUCACCAGCAGCAGCAACGGACCGUCCCUACUGUGGCGCCCAAACCCAUCUACGCAAAGAAAGCAGGAUCAGUGGGCGAAGAAGACUCCUCGUCCGCGUCCAAGGUCAAGCCGACCUUGCCAUCGUGGUUGAAGGAGCAAGAGGAACUGCAGCGCGAAGCACUCGCAUCGGGAUCCGAGCCACCGCCCCCGCCGCCCAUCCAGCCCACAGAAGGCGGCGUGCGCGGACGCGCCUCGCGGACCGUGGUGGAGGAACUGACCGAUUCUGCCGAAGCCAUGUCGGACGAAGCCGCCGCGGCCAACGCUGCAUCGAUCGACCGACACAACCCAUUCUUCCCGCCCCACCGCCGAGACGAAGGACGAAGCCCCAACCCGGACGCUGAAGGGUUCGAAGACAGCCAGGUCAGCAGCAAUCACCGCCCGCUAGGCCGGUCUAAGACCAUCAGCGGCAGCGGAGCUGGUGGCGGCACACGACCUCUGCCACCGCGACGUCCACGUCCUGGCGGUGCCGAAGUUGACAGCACCCUCGCUGAUGAUGGCGGGGGCUCGCAGGUGUCGUCCAAUGCGCACUGGGGUCACUCGCUCGCGUCGGGGACGUAUGCAGGCUUCAAGCCCAACAAGGAACCGAAGAAUAGCGGCGGAUUGAGAUUGGUGCCCCCUUCCAAGCAGGCCAAGAUGCUCAACGUCGCCACAGCAGAACAGUUGGAGCAAGAGGGCAUUCGUCCAGCUAGUGACCUGCGCAAAGUGAGCACGUCGCAGGACGACGCUCCUUCUACCGGUGCUGGAGGAGGCAACGCUGCGACGAGUGAAAAUUCGUCAGUCAACGGCCCACUCAGCCCUACAACUCCUUCGGGCAACUAUCCAUCACACCAACCGAGCGGAUUCAUGCGCCGCCAAGGCUCGCUGAGCACCACCAUCCGCGAGAAAGUAUCAGAUAUCCUGCGUCUGCAAGACCAACCUCCUAAGGGGCAACGUCAGGUAGACCUGCUCACGCAAGACCUCAACAACCUGGUCAACAAGAACGAAUGGCUGGCACGCAAGCGCGACUCGUUCGUGCGGUCGACCAGCGGUGCUACGGGUGCAAAGAGGGAGCGCGAACGGCUGAUCUCGUCGAACAAUGCGGAUGACUACGCUGUCGAUGUCGACGAAGAGGAGGAACGUCACAGGAUGGACGAGGAACUCGACGACGGCCCGCAGCCCGAUACUGACCCGCACGCUGGGGCAGCGGGCAACGACUCGACCGACUCUGCGCGACGCCGAUCCCAUGCACACCAACGUUCUAUCAGCGGCAGCGGCAGCGGCACUGGCGGAGACCGCGACCCCUUCUCAUCCUCGCCCCCCUUGACGCACCACAACGAACACAACCCGCACCUGCACCAGCCGCCGCCGCAGCACCCCGCUACGCAAGCCACGUUCGACCCACGCACGGGUCUACGCCGCAGUGGCUCGCUCAACCCGAAACGUUCCAGCUCGUACCAGUAUCCGCUUCCGCAGCAGCAACAGCAGCAUCAGCAUCAGGCAUCCUACAGCGCUACUGGCCAGACGACCAGUGGUGGGGCGAACGGCAACCCUACCACUGCGUCCGAGGGCGCGGAAAAGGGCAGCAAUCGCCGCUGGUCGUCCUUCCACCAACCGCACAACUCGUUCAGUCAGCUAGCGCUCCACUCAAACACGUUCCUUGCGCACAGUGGUGGUGGCAAGCACGAUGCGCACACUAACACUACUAGCACCGCAAAAACGGGCGGGAUAGCGGGAACGAGGGAUCUGCGCGGUUCAGCGGUGGACGAGGAGGAUGCAGAUGAAGACGUGGAUGCGCAGCAGUACGUCAGCGUUGCGCAGCGGGUGCGGGCGGUUUCGGCGGCUGAGGCGGCGGCGGCCGCAGCUGCCAGCAGCAAUAGCCACGCUAGGUAUGCUCAGCUAUCGUAG